AUAUUCGCUUACGUAUGUUAAAGAAAAAAUGUAAGAAAAAUAAUUUUGUCUCGGACAAAAUAAUUGUGUCCCAGGGUGCAAAAUAUUAUACAUACGUUCUUAACUCGAUCAAUACGUCACACGUCGAGGAACGAUACUCAGUCGAUAACCGAAGAAUCGACUUGAUAACUUUUUCUCAAUAACCUCUUUCAUUCCAAUUUAUUAUCAUUAGUAAUAUAACAUAUAGACCUCGCGAUUCACGUUAAUCUAUAUUGAUAUUAAAAUAAACAAAAGCGUUACUGUAAAUUUAGAUUCUUUUUAAUCGAUCACAUCGUAAAUUUAUAGAUAGUAGGAUAAAGAAAGUUUUUGUUUCGAGAAUCGUAAUGAAAGAUAAACGAUACUUUUUUUUAUUUUUAAUAACCUUAAAGAUCAUAUUCGGUCGAGCAAAAAUAUUUGAUAAAAAUCGCCAAGAAAUCGAACAGAUGGAUGGUCGUUUGUCCAAGGAUGUUGUACCAAAAAAAUAUAUUAUCGCAGCAUCACCGGAUUUCAUCGAAGAUAGGUUUUAUGGUGCUGUACAAAUCGAGUUAGGAAUUAUGAAGGUUAAGGAUUAUAUAGUUUUACAUUCAAGGAAUUUAACUAUUACAUCGACUAAGUUGUUUAAAAGUGACAUGCCUUAUGAAGAAAUUUCAAUUGAUGCUAUUUAUCCUAUUGAAGAAUAUGAAAUGAUAAUAAUCGAAAUUACAAAUCAGUUAACACCUGAUAAUUAUAUCCUAAGAAUGAAUUACAGUGGUACAUUAAGCAAUAAGAUCAAUGGAUUUUAUUUAAGUAGUUAUACAGUCAACUCUGAAAAUGAUCGUGUCAGAAAAUUGGCGGUCACACAAUUUGAACCAACUUAUGCGAGAAAAACUUUCCCUUGUUUCGAUGAGCCAUCAUUUAAAUCUGUUUUUCAUAUUCGUAUCGUUCAUGAUGCAAGAUCGAAUUAUCAUGCUUUAUCCAACAUGCCGAGUAUAAGAGUCGAUAAAACAGAUGAUAAAAGCGAUUUGAUGGUAACAACUUUUGCACCUACUUUACCGAUGUCGACAUACCUCGUGGCUUUUCUAAUAAGUGAUUUCGAGUGUCUAACUUCAAGCGCGGAUUCUUUAAAUGGAACUAGAAUACCGCUUAGCGUUUGCGUUAGAUCGGAUUACAAGAGUAAAGUGCAAUUUGCUUUGAAUAUUGCUGCUCAAGCUAUCGAAUAUUAUUCGAAUGUUUUGAACAUCGAUUAUGCUCUGCCAAAAUUAGAUCUCGCUGGAAUACCGGAUUUUGCAGCUGGUGCAAUGGAAAAUUGGGGUUUGAUAACGUUCCGUGAAACUGAGUUGAUCUAUAGCGAGGAACAUAGCUCAUGUGAAAACAUAAAAAGCGUUGCUCUCACGGUGACGCAUGAAUUGGCACACAUGUGGUUUGGAAAUCUCGUCACUAUGAAAUGGUGGAACGAUCUUUGGCUCAAUGAAGGUUUUGCAACUUAUAUGGAACACAUUGCAGUCGAUUUUAUUUUUCCUGAAUGGAAUCAGAUGCAAAUGUUUUCCUUGGAUACCAAAUACACAUCAAUGAUUUACGAUAUGAAAAGGAAUGCACAUCCGAUAGUGACUCGUCUUGAAGCUUCCGAUGAGAUAGGUCAAAUGUUUGAUCGUAUUUCUUAUCAAAAAAGUGCUGCAGUGAUCAAUAUGUUAGAAGAUGCAAUAGGAAAUUUAAAAUUCAUUUCUGGAAUUAGAAACUACCUACAACAGUAUGAAUUUGCUAAUGCCGAGUCGAAAGAACUUUUCGAACUUUUAAACGAGGAAACUAAGAAUGUAAACCUAAUUAAUUUUUUAAACGGUUGGACGAAAUUACCUGGGUUUCCUGUUAUAAAAGUCCAACGAAAAGACAGAUUACUCAAAUUAUCUCAGCAACGAUUUGUCUUUGACAAAAGACAAGAGGAAUUUUUCACAGAAACUUGGGAUAUUCCUUUAAAGUAUAUAACGAAUCGACAAGAAGAUAAUAUCAGUUUCGCUUGGUUCCUUGCUAAUUACUCUUGCGGUGAUAAUAAGGAUCUGUCUUAUCAUAUUGUUUUAAACAUGACCACUUUUCUAAAAAACGAAAGUGCUCUUCAACCUUGGAUAGUUGCUGGUCAAUGGAUCAAUCGAAUUAACAGAUUGUUUCGUUCGACUAAUUUGCAUCGUCCGUUUCAAUCCUAUGUGCAACGUCUGAUCGAUAAAAUUUAUCAACAAGUUGGAUGGAAGGUGAACGAGAAAGAGGAAUUACCAUACAGGUCUCUUUGUGCCAAGCGAGGAAGCUGAAUCGAUAUUUGAAAAAAUGUGGGAAUUCUUUUUAAGAGAGACAGACGUGCAAGAAAAAAAAAGAUUGUUAAUAAGAUUAGCAGCUAUUAGAAACAAAGAUAUUCUCAAUAAGUAGGUGUUAUAUGUUUUUAUACAGAAUUAAAUAAUAAUCGUAUAUAUAAAAUUUUUUAAAUGUAGAUAUCUCCUAAAGAUACAAGAUGAGAAAGUCGUUCGUAGGCAAGAUUUUUUUGAAGUCAUCAGUAAUAUCGCUGUAAAUCCAAUAGGUCUGGAUAUAGUCUGGGACUUUUUUAGGUAAUUUUUCAUUAAUUAGAAAAAUAUUAAUUAUCGUUAACUUGUAAAUAUAAAAACUUUUUUUUUGAUACAUCGUAUAUAGAAAUCAUUGGGAAAAUUUAAUCGAGAAAUUUGCAUUAAACGAUCACGCUGUGGACGCAGCUAUCGGAGCAGCUAUCUCUUUAUUCAAAGACGAAGAAAAAUUGAAGGAGGUAUUUCGUUUGAAUAAAAAUUCGAUCGAUUUUUAUUUUUAUACGUUGAUUUCGCAGGUAAAAGAUUUCUUCAAUAAAUAUUCAAAUACUGGCCCAAAUGCAAAUAUGAAAAAAAAUGUGAUUGAAGAUAUCGAAAAUAAUAUCAAAUGGAUAAAAACGAACUUAUGGCAAUUCGAGCAAUGGUUGAACGAAGAAGGAACCUAUGUUACAUAGAGCUUUCAUUAUAAAAUAUAAUUAUAUGUUUUUCUCUG